UGCUGCGGCCGCGGCGCGGCAUGAGGAGGGAGGCGGCCGCCGGCGGCGAGCCGCCCCCGGCCGCCAAGCGCGCACGCGCGGGGAAGCCGCCCGCAGAGGGGCCCGAGGCCCCGGGCCUGCAGGAGGCCGCCGCGCGCGCGUGCGCCUCGGCGGCGGCCGGGCGGAGCCCCCUGCCCGCCCUGUGCAACGGCACCGUCCGGUGGUACAACGGCCGGCGGGCGCUCGGCUGCGUCAUCCCGGACGACGGCGCCGCGGACUUGUUCAUCCUGGGCGCGGUGCCCCGAACGGCACGCAGGUGCCCCCGCAGCCAGGCGGCCUGUUCCACGGCACGCGCGUGAGCUACACGCCGGUGGCGCUGGAGGCGGGAGCUGGCGGCGCGGGCAAGACGGUGUGCUUCAACACGCUGCCGCUGGCAGGGCAGGCCGGGCUCAGCGUGGGCGUCGAGUGCAUCGCCGCCGCCAAGGACAUCAACGACGACCGCGUCUGCGCCGCGGACCUGUGGGAGCUGGGCUUCCUCGCGGGUGUCUUCGACGGACACCGCGGCUUCUUGUGCUCCGACUUUGUGUCGCAGCAGAUGCCCAGCGCGGUGCUCGCAGCAUACCGUGCUCGAGCCAAGAAGGCCAGGAGCAUCGCGAGCCUGUCGGCCGCACAGGAGGCCUCGCUGAUCUGCGGUGCCAUCGAGGACGCCUUCGACGCCACCGACAGGGCGUGGCUGCAGCACGCCAAAAAGAGGGACCUCGUCGGGGGCUCCACCGGCCUCGUGGCGCUGCUGAGCCACGGCUUCGAGGCGCCCCCGGCUCCCCCGGCCCUGCGGCCAGGCACCGUGGCCGCCGCCCCCGGCGGUGUCGCCAAGCUGUUCGUGGCGUGGUGUGGCGACAGCCGCGCGGUGCUGUGCCGGGGCAGGCGGGGCGUGCGGCUGUCGGAGGACCACAAGCCCAGCACCGAGGCGGAGCGGGCGCGCAUACAGGCGGCGGGCGGGCACGUGAUGCAGGACCCCUGGGGCACGUGGCGCGUCGGCAGGGAGGAGGCGUCGAUGCUGAAGGAGCUGCAGCAGCUGCGGCAGCGGAAGGCGACGGAGCAGCGGGAGUCUUGGCUCCUGUCCACUUCCCGCUCGUUCGGGGACGUGGAGCUGAAGGUGCCUGACUCGCUGGUGAUCGCACAGCCAGAGGUUCGCGCCGUGGACCUCACCCCUGAGGACUGGGCGGUAGUCCUUGCAUGCGACGGGGUAUUCGACGUGCUGAGCGACCAAGAGGUGGCGGAAGUUGUACAGCAGCACCAUGCAGACCCAGUGCAGGCAGCCAAGGCUGUCGUCCAGCGGGCCAUCGACAAGGAGAGCCGCGACAACCUCACCGCCAUAGUGCUGCGCUUGGGCUGGUCUCCGGCGCCCGGAGUCCGCCGGACGAGCGCCGCGCUGGAUCCGAAUGUUGGGAUGUUUGGCUGAGCGCGCCCCUCUUACAAAGAGCGCCCGGGCGUGGCUCCUCCCCGCUCCGUCUCCCGCUGGAGACCGGGAAUGAGAGCGAGAGGCAUGUUGAGGAGGCUCUGCUGGGGCGGGUGGCAGUGGGGGG